AUCGACGAUAAAUUAAUUUAAUAAUUUUCUGUGUUCGUGUCGGCAAAGUCAUUCUGCAUAUCAUUGUUUGAAACCUAGUUUUUAUUAAUAUAAAUCCAAAUUUUAUUUUGUGGAAAAAAAAAUGUUUAAAGAAAAAAUUUUACCAAAAUUAAUAUUAUUAAAUACACGUUUAAUACUUGGAACAUAUACAGCAUUUACAUUACCAUUUUAUACAAUAUUUCAACGACCAUGGCGUGUAUUAUCCGCAUCCAAACAACAAUGGGCAACCAAAGAAAAAUCCGCCGAUGGACAAUAUUAUUAUUGGAAACGUUUAGGACCACCAGUUACAUUACCAAAUGAUUAUCAUCUUUGUAAUACAUUACAAGAAGUUUAUUUAAAAAUGAAAAAAUUUGAAGAUUUAGAAAAAGAUAAACUUGGUUAUCGUGAUGUUCUAUCGGCUAAAAUGAAAUAUGAUUCUAAUGGACAACCAAUUCGACAAGAUGGUCGUAUAGUUAAAGAAAUCAAAUUAGCCAAUAAAUAUACAUGGUUGAAAACAAAAGAUGUUUUCGAAAAAUUCGAAGUUAUUGGUUCUGGUUUUAAACAAUUAGGUCUUACAAGUGAUGAUCGUGUUAUAAUGUUUGCCGAUACACGUAUCGAAUGGUUUAUAUCAUCAUUUAGUUUAAUGUUAUUUCAGAUACCGAUUGCAACAUUAUUUUCCAAUCUAGGCAAAAAAGGAUUCGUGUAUGGGGUAAAUCAACAAAAAGCACGUUGUAUUGUAACAUCAUUUGAUUUACUUGAAAGAAUUCUUGAUGUUGUUGAUCAAAUACCAACCGUAGAGAAAAUUGUUUAUAUGCAAUAUAAUUUUCAAAAAGAUCAACAAUUACCAAAAUUUCCCGAUCGUAUUCAAUUAAUAUCAUUUGAUCAAUUAGAAGAAAUUGGUCGAAAAUCUUUGAUAAAAAUACCGAAAAAUCUACCAAGUAGUGAUCAAGUUUCGGUUAUAAUGUAUACAUCAGGUACAACCGGUAUACCAAAAGCAGUUUUGUUUACAAAUAAACAAUUAAUGUCGGCUAUUACUUGUUUGGCAAGUAAUGUUAUUGAAAUUGCCGAUCAAGGACCAAGACAUAGAUAUGCAUCAUUUUUACCAUUAGCACAUAGUUUAGGUUUUACAUUUGAAUGGUUUUUAUUUUGUGGUGGUGUUCAAAUUGGUUAUAGUAGCCCGUAUACAUUAACCGAUACAUCACCAGGUAAUCCACCUGGACAAUUUGGUGAUCUAAAAUUACUUCAGCCAACAACAUUAGUCAGUGUACCAUUAAUAUUGGAUCGUAUUGUUAAAGAAAUUUAUCUGAAAUUAUCAGCACGUUCACCAAUUCUUCCGCCAUUAUUUACAUAUCUGAUGCAAUAUAAAAUACGUUGGUUAAAUCGUGGUUAUCGUACGCCAUUAUUGGAUAAAAUUGUUUGUCGUCGUGUUCAAGAACAAUUCGGUGGUAAAUUAGAAUUUAUUAUCUGUGGUGGUGCAGCAUUGAAUCAAAAAACAGAAGAAAUUAUUCGUGCUGCAUUGAAUGUUAAAGUUAUGACUGGUUAUGGUCUAACUGAAACAACUGGUGGUGUAACAGGAAAAACUUUGAAUGAUAUGACAUCAGGUAUGGCUGGUGCACCAAUGGAAGGCGCCAUGAUACGUUUAAUUGAUUGGAAAGAAGGUGGUUAUUCAUUUGAUGAUAAACCAAAUCCACGUGGUGAAAUUGUUAUCGGUGGUGAUAGUGUUGCACAAGGUUAUUAUCAAUUGGAAGAUGAAACAAAUGCUGUAUUUAAAACCGAUUCGAAUGGUGUACGUUGGCUGCAUAGUGGUGAUAUUGGUGAAAUGUUUCCAAAUGGUUUAUUGAAAAUUAUUGAUCGUAAAAAAGAUUUAGCUAAAUUACCAAAUGGUGAAUAUAUAUCAUUGGGUCGUAUUGAAGGUGCUAUUAAAACAGCACCAACGGUUGAAAAUUGUUGUAUUUGUUUGCAUGAAAAAAUCAAUGAUAUUGUUGCAUUGAUAACACCAAGUGCUAAAAAAUUAAAAAUUUUAGCUGAAAAACUUAAAAAAUCCAAUUUAACUUAUGAACAAUUAUGUUCAGAUCCUCAAAUUAAUCAAGCAAUAAUGGAAGAUAUACGUGAAGUUUGUUUACAAUCUGGUUUAAGUGAAAAAGAAAUACCUAAAAAAAUUGCCAUUUGUCCGGAAGAAUGGUCACCAGAUAAUGAUCUAUUAACAUCGGCAUUUAAAUUGAAACGUAAUUCUGUUUUGAAAUAUUAUGCAAAAGAUAUUGAUAAUUUAUUUCAAUCGACAACAACAACAAAAAUGUGAAUUUUUUUUGAAAUUUUUUUUUUUUAUAGACAUUCAAUGAAUUUACUGUAAUAAUCGCA